CGCGUGCCCUUUGAACCCGGAAGUCGUCGCGGCGGCCUGGGCGGACUCGGUUUGAAUGAAAUCCGGCUGAUUCACGGCGGCCCGGGCCCAGGCGGCGCGGCCGGGGAGGGCUCCACGCGAGGAAAGAGACCUUCUGGCAACAUCUUUAUAGUCAAAAAGUAGGAGCUGCUCCUGGGUUUGUUCUGCAUUCACCUCUUGCUGAGCACCAGAAAUAUGGAUAGACUUCUGCGACUUGGAGGAGGUAUGCCUGGGCUGGGACAGGGGCCACCAACAGAUGCUCCUGCAGUCGAUACAGCGGAACAGGUUUAUAUCUCUUCCCUUGCACUGCUGAAAAUGUUGAAGCAUGGUCGUGCUGGUGUCCCUAUGGAAGUUAUGGGUCUGAUGCUCGGGGAAUUUGUUGAUGAUUACACUGUGAGAGUGAUUGAUGUUUUUGCAAUGCCACAGUCAGGGACGGGUGUCAGUGUGGAGGCAGUUGAUCCUGUAUUUCAAGCAAAAAUGUUGGAUAUGCUGAAACAGACAGGAAGACCUGAGAUGGUAGUUGGUUGGUAUCAUAGUCACCCUGGCUUUGGCUGUUGGUUGUCUGGUGUAGAUAUCAAUACUCAGCAGAGUUUUGAAGCCUUAUCUGAAAGAGCUGUUGCUGUGGUUGUGGAUCCCAUUCAGAGUGUGAAAGGAAAGGUUGUUAUUGAUGCCUUCAGAUUGAUCAAUGCUAAUAUGAUGGUCUUGGGACAUGAACCAAGACAAACAACUUCAAAUCUGGGUCACUUAAACAAGCCAUCUAUCCAGGCACUAAUUCAUGGACUAAACAGACAUUACUAUUCUAUCACCAUCAACUACAGGAAGAAUGAACUAGAACAGAAGAUGUUGCUAAAUUUGCAUAAGAAGAGUUGGAUGGAAGGUUUGACACUCCAGGACUACAGUGAACAUUGCAAACUCAAUGAAACAGUUGUGAAGGAGAUGUUAGAAUUAGCUAAGAAUUAUAACAAGGCUGUUGAAGAAGAAGAUAAGAUGACACCUGAACAGCUGGCAAUAAAAAAUGUUGGCAAGCAGGACCCCAAACGUCAUUUAGAAGAGCAUGUGGAUGUGCUGAUGACCUCAAACAUUGUCCAGUGUUUAGCAGCUAUGUUGGAUACAGUUGUAUUUAAAUAACCAAUUUACUGUUUGUGAUGUUUUCUGUGUAUAUUUGUUUAUUGUUUCUAAUACCCACAAAACAGAGACUGUUGAGGCUAUAUUUGAUUAAACAGAGACAUCUGACUUCAUUUGCAAUGUAAGUGCAGCACUAUAACACCUUUCAGUCUCUUAAUUGUGCAGUUUCUUCAGUUUCUUUAUGUCAGGGUCUUUACAGAUUCCAAAGCAUUCAAGAACACAAUGUGGGCAAAAAUGUAUUGCAUUUUCAUUUAAUAUUUUGGGGGAAAAUCAGUAGUAUAUAUAUAUUUUCAUUGCUGCAACAUAAUAAAAAUACAUUUACAAACCUGUCUUAA